UAAUUUUGCAGGAUCUCCGCGUUGUGGUGAGUGAAAUCGGUUGUGACCAUGCGGCGUAUGUUCGGAGCGGCGAAACCAAAGGCGCCACCCCCGGCGCUUAGUGACUGUAUUGCAAGUGUGGACUCACGAGCGGAAUCAAUUGACAAAAAAAUUGCCAGACUUGAUGCGGAGCUGCGGAAGUACAAAGAUCAAAUGGCUAAAAUGCGCGAAGGUCCGGCGAAAAAUGCAGUGAAGCAGAAAGCUUUGCGUGUUUUAAAGCAAAAGAAAAUGUAUGAGAAUCAAUCGGAUAAUUUGAGAGCACAAUCUUUCAAUAUGGAGCAGGCUAAUUUUGCCACUGAGACUCUGAAAGAUACGCAAGCCACCGUUGCGGCCAUGAAGGUUGGCGUGAAAACCAUGCAAAAGGAGUUCAAGAAGAUCAACAUCGAUCAAAUUGAUGAUUUGCAAGAUGAAUUGGCAGACAUGCUACAGGAUGCCGAUGAAAUUCAAGAAACGCUUGGAAGAUCGUAUGCGACUCCAGAUAUUGACGAGUCGGAGCUUGAGGCCGAACUCGAUGCCUUGGGAGACGAAAUCGGUCUGGACGCCGAUUCCAGUUACCUUGAUGAAAUAGCCGCUCCGAACGCCCCAAGUCGAGAGCCUGGUGCUGAAUCCGUCAACGCCGCGCUUUUUGGAUUCCAAUUGGCCUUGACGAUGAUCAUGGCGAGUUUCUUGCAGAAACUCGGCGUGUAUUAUUCGUUUGGGAGAUGGUUGUUGUGUUCAACCGGGCUUACGAGGUUCUUGUACCCGACUGAUGUCGAAUUGAAGACGCUCAUGAAGGCUCAAACUCAUGAAAAAAGUAGACGGAGACAUAAAGAGAAGGAGGGAGAAGUGAAGUCUUCUUUCAUGGUUCCGAGGAACUUGGAUAUUCCUUUGGAAACGGCGAAGGUAUCUUCGACUGACGUCGGGCAGCUCAAGUUUUACACAGAGUAUCAGUGGCUAUUGGAUUUUUCGUUGUUUUCCAUUUUUGUAUACGCCAUUUCGGAGUGGUACUAUUACUACUUCGAGUCUUCCUCGACUGAGAUCAACCUCAGCCUGUUGUGGUGUCUGCUGGUCCUGGGCUUUACCCUGAAAAUACUAUGGUCUGUGACUAAGCUGUACUUCCUUGGAGAUGAAGCCAUGGGUGAGCGGUCAAUGUGCAUCGUGGCUGGUUGUGCGUAUCUAGUCGUGGCCAUGGCCUUGUUGGUAGUUGAUGAGGAUACCCUGGAGCUGGGCCUGGACGCUGCCUACGCUUCGUUCAAAGUCCGUGCCGCAGUUUUUAUGCAGGAACGAGGAAUUGAGCAUGAUGGGCCAGCGUCGAAACUUAUUCUUAAGUUUGCAUUAGCUACCAAAGCCGCAAUCUUGGGAGCGUUCCUGACAUUUCCCGGCUUCCGCCUGGCGCAAAUGCAUUGGGACGCUUUGCGGAAGUAUGGAAGUUCGUCGGAAGAAGACAGUGGAAUUACGAGAGCGAGGAAAGUGCUAUUCGUGGGAUUGUUACACGUCAACUAUAUUGCGCCGUUGGUGGUUGUCCUGGCUUGGGUUCGUCCGUUGGCGAGAGACUACUUCACCUUGCGAGUGUGGUCUGGGAUGAGCGGCCCUUUGAUGUCGGAAGCGGCAUUUGAAACAGGAAGGCUGUGGCUGAUCGUGGCUGUGCUGCUUUUGCGUCUUGUCCUGAUGCCUUUCUACCUCCAAGCUUAUCUGAACCUCGCGUACAAGAGAAUUGCGAAACAGAAAAAGGAGGCCGGAAAAAUCAGCAAUAAAGAUAUUCAGCGUGGGGUAGCAAGAGUUUUCUACUAUCUGUGCGUUGUCACGUUGCAGUAUGCAGCUCCUAUGAUCCUGUGUUUGUUCCAGCUGUUCAUUCUGAAGUCUGCUGGAGGUUAUUCUUGGUCUAUCAGCGAUGAGCUCGAAUGUCCAGCGGAUGACAUUAUGGCGAAAGCCGCGUUUUUAUCGGACGAAAUGGGCGCGGCAGAGUCAACUUUUCCAAAUCUCACGAAGCAGAUGAGUUUGACGUUAUCAUCUGUGCGAGCUGUGUUCUCCGAAACUGUUAUUCGUGGUGUGUUGUCCUUUACCCUGUGGUGGACUGGGUUCACGUGGUUCUCUUCGUCUGCGAUUGGCGAAAUUAGGACAAAACAGGGCGACGACCGUCAGAGGCCAAUUGGCUUCGUUUUAUUCAUGCCCGAUUCCUUCGAGCAAGAGGCUUAUCCUGACAAGAUCCGGAAAAUUAUGAUAGAAAAGAAUUCUGAAAAUGAGUGGUCUUUUCGAGCCAUGAGUGAAUUGGAAAAUGAUCUCCAACAACAGCUGGAAGAUUUAACGAGGACAUCCGACCGGUAUGUCACUGCCGCGCUCAGUUGGCUGAACUUCGUAAUCGAAGAUCCAGAAUUUUUGGAUGUUCUGCUGACCGAAGAUGAUGCCGAUGAAGUUACCUCUGGAAACCUUAAACUUGAAACGGAAGCGGACCCUGCUGAGGUUCCUCUUAUUCACGAAGAAAGCAGUGCUUCGGAGGAUGGCUUGACGUCCUUGUCUGAGGAAGAGUCAUCUAUAGUAUCUCGUCAUGAUGGCGCGAAUCCAACGAAUGUGAUCUUGAAUUGUGAUGUGGAAAUUUUUGACUCGCAGUUGUGCAAUGGAAUGGAUUCGGUUCCUUCCAUUUCGUCUGUAACAAAUUCUUUUCCCGAGGAUGUUUUUGUGUCUAACGCUCCUGUGAGCAAUGAAUCGGAUGAGCUUGAUUCGGUUCUUGGCGAAGUCGAUGUGGAACAGUCUUCGGAUGAAUGCUCUGCAUCAGUUGAAGAUGACACUCUUCAUGAAGAUAUGAGUUUGCCGUCACCUUCCGAAGUUGGAGAAUCAUCCGACGCGCCUUUCGAAAAUAGUGACGUACCGGUUCCGUUUGAAGAUCUGACGUGCCAUUCGAUUCCGAUUUUCGAAGGCGCCGGUAUCAUCCACAAUAAAAGCAUAUUGAAGAGAUCAAGCUCCUUCUGGUUGAAGCAUAGUUUGAAUCGCUGCCACGUUGAAUUGGUUGACGUCAUGUCUCUUGGGCGUCGAUUUUGGUCACGCGGUGAGAGAUUCAAGCGGUCCAAAAGCAAUCCUUCGAAGUAUGAAAUUGUUGAUGCUCGUGAGGAAGGUCGAGCUAUUCUGGAUUACGAAUUCAAGCAUAGGAGAAAUUCUCGUCAAUCAAGAGUAACGUUCAAUCUGAAUAUUGGAGUGAAAUUUAUAGAGAAAUUUGGCCAAAAGAAGUGUCGUGAUUAUCAUGGUCACCAGAUGUCUGAUCACAGAACUGGAAAGCCGAGAACGUCUUCUGCAUUGGAUCGUUUCUCUAAACGCGUGGAGGAAGAUAGAGGAAAACGAACGAGAGCUGCAGCUCGUAAUGAGCAAUUUUCCGCCGAAAAUCCUUUCCGAUUGUGCAGUGCUGCUCCGUCGACAGAAUCCUUCCCUCGGAUAAUCGCUCGCCGUCAGCUUCCGAAUCCAUUUCGAAAUCGUCAUCGAUUUAUGAGGCCUAGUCCAAAUGAAUGUCGAAAACAGCAAGAGCACAGUUUAGAAAGCAGACGUGUUUCUGCGUGCUCCAGCAAGUGGCGCAUCAAAAAGGGAUUGAGUGAAACCGGGGCUCCUCCUGAUGCUGAACCCCUGAUGGAAACCCUUUCAAUCAUUGCAAAUGUGAUCAUGAAAGAUGCGGCCCAAGGCUCCGAUCAGGGAAUGCCGAUGAAUCGACGUGUGCCUCAGACAUUCUCUGACGGAAUUCACGAAACUUCGAAAGCCGUGAAAUCACCUGCCUGA